GGUCUCCAGCCGUCCCCUCCGCUCCUUCCGCUUCUCCCAGGCGCUGGACGCAGAGGUGGAGAGCGCCAGGUCGGUGGCUCAGCCGGGCCGCCACGGUGAGCCCCAACCCAGACCCCGAGGCUCGCGACACCACAAAGGCCGGAAGGUGACACCGGAGGUUGCUGGAAUGGGGGCCACCAGGGCCAGGCUGCUGUGGACAUGUCUUCUGCUGCUGUUGGCUUUGCUCCAUGAGUCGGGGAGUCAAGAUCUCACCUGCACGGUGUCCCUAAGCCACGUGAACUGGACGCAGACAUUCAGUGACACCUGCCUCAAUUUCAGUGGCCUUGGCCUGUCCCUGCCAGGGACCCAGUCCCUGAAGGCCAGCCGCGUGCAAGUCCUGGACCUAUCUAGGAACAAGCUGCAGGCUCUCCCUGGGCUGUUCUUCGCCAACCUGGAGAAGCUCCACACCCUGAUUGUCACCCACAACCAGCUGGUCAGCGUAGACCAGUCGCUGGCCCUGCGCUGUGACCUGGAGCUCAGGGCCGACUGCAGCUGUGGGCUGACCUCCUGGUACGGCAUUCGCCGGAACAACUGCUCGGGAGAGCAGGAGCUGCCCUGUCUACACCCGGGCACUGGAGCCCCGGGGAACCUCUCCACCUUCCUCCAGGUCAGCUGUCCCGCCGGCUUAGGCCCGUGGACCGUCGGUGCUCUUGUGGCAGGGACUUCCUUCCUGGCUCUGGCUGUCAGUGGAUCUGUGCUGGCCUGGAGACUUCGGCGACACCGGGGAGCCGGUGGCCUCGGCAAAGCCCAGAGUUCAUACGACUCCCCCAGACCGGUGACAGGCUUCCUGGCAAGCAGCCAGCGAGGGAGCCCCAAGGCCCCGGCCACAGCACCAGACAGGUCCACGCUGGACUAUGAGAAUGUCUUCAUAGGCCAGCUGGCCGAGGAGUGCUCACGGCCUGCACCCGGGAGCCCUUCCGGGGACACCGACUUCUACAUGAAUUACAAGGGUGACGACCUGGACCCUCAGCCCGUCUACUGCAACCUGGAGUCCCUGGGAAGGGCCCCAGGGUACAACCAGGAGUUUGUGGCUCCAGGGCGCUGAGACCCCAGCCCCUCCGUGGGGACAGAACACUGAGCCUUGAGACUCCGCCGCUGAAGCCCCCACACUCCCCAGGACUC